AUGCCAAAUACCAACGAGCUCAAUGUCUACUUCGGACCGGAUUCUCUGAAAAAGUACUUUGAUCCGGACUCCCAGCCCCCUCUCCCGCUGGUCGAACUGCCAGAGCACCUGAAUCCCUUCCAUAAAGAUGGCGUGCGGAUCUAUGCAAAGCUGAUGACCAUGCAUCCCGCCAACAACGUCAAGGCCAUGCCAGCGAUGAACAUGCUGGAGCACAGCGUAGUCCCGGGCCAAACCAAGACCAUCAUCGAGUACAGCUCCGGGUCAACCGUCAUCUCCAUGUCCAUGAUCGCGCGGGUCAUGCACGGCAUCCAAGACACACGCGCCUUCCUCAGCAACAAAACCAGCGAAGCCAAACUCCGCCUGAUGCAGUUCUUCGGGCUGAACAUCACGCUGUUCGGCGGGCCCUCGCAGCCGGAACCGUACGACGAGCGCGGCGGCAUCCAGAGCGCGCGGCGCAUGGCCCUGGAAUCCGAGCACAUCCUCAACCCGAACCAAUACGAGAACGACGACAACUGGGGCUCGCACAUCCGCUGGACGGGACCUCAGAUCUUCAAGCAGCUGCCGGAAAUCAACGUGCUGUGCGCGGGCAUGGGCACGUCCGGCACCAUGACGGGGCUGGGCACGUACUUCAAGAAGGCGAAGCCGUCGGUCUUCCGGCUGGGCGUGUGCACUGCGCCUGGGGACCGUGUGCCGGGUCCGCGGUCGUUUGCGCUGAUGAAGCCGGUCGAGUUUCCGUGGAAGGAGGCUGUGGAUAGUAUUGAGGAGGUGACUUCGCCGGAUUCGUUUGCACUGUCGCUGGACCUCUGUCGCGAGGGGAUUGUCUGUGGUCCGUCGUCCGGGUUUAAUCUGCAGGGGCUGUUCCAGAUGCUGGAGAAGCGGAAGGCAGCAGACACUUUGGGUGAGCUGCGCGGGCCGGAUGGAUCUAUCCAUUGUGUGUUCUUGUGCUGCGAUCUGCCGUACCAGUAUAUUGGGGAGUACUUCGACAAACUGGGGUCUGAGAAGUUCCAUCCAAUCACGAAUGAGCACCUGACCAAGGUCGACCUCUAUCGAUACGACGAAAGCUGGGAACGCAGCCCCGUCGUCCUGUUCACCCACUUCUACGAGACCCCCUCCACGGCCGUGUCGCAGAGCCUACUGAGCUCUCUCGUGCUGCGCCCGCAAUGCUGCGUAUUGGACCUGCGCAAAGCCGCAGACUUUGACUCGUGGCAUCUGCCUGGCUCGGUGAACCUCCCGCUACAGACCCUCGACUCCCACACACCUAAGCCCUUCGCCCAUCCUAAAGUCCUCGAGGCGCAAUGGCGCGAACUCGAAUCCGUGUUCACGGACCUGGCGGUGGUGGGCCCGCUGCAUGAGCACCAUCCCCAUGUGCUGGUCAUCUGCUACAAUGGCGACACGGCCCGAGUAGCCACGAGUGUAUUGCGCGCCAAGGGCAUCGAGGCGGAUAGCCUGCGUGGGGGGUACAAAGCGUUGCAUGACCAUGGCCUCUGGGGGGAGACGCCGUCCUGCUCGACGGGGAUGAUCAAUGGGGCCAGUGCUAGUGCGAAUAUCGCGGUGCCGCUGCAGUCGAAUUAG